AUGUUAUCAUAAAUGAACUUUCGUUACAUCAAAGGAAAAAAAACCUCUUGAUAAACAAAUUCGUGAUGAUAACCGCACUUAGGAAUAUUGAUGCAUGUAAUAUUCGAAUACAUUUGCGUUGAGUUUUGAAUAGAGACACAUAGACUUUGCGAUACUUUGAAUAUAUAAUAUAAAAUAUGGUCCAUUCCAGUGCAAAUACACCGAUUGGUUUUACAACGGAUUGCCUUCAAAAUGUAAAUGUACAUUUGCGUGGUGUUGAGGAAUCUGCCGCUUACUAUUCGACGAUUGGCCAAGUUAGUGGGGUUAAUGAAUUGAUAUGGGCAUUGAAAGCUUUACAAUUGACCGAUUUAACAACUUUAGCUGGUGACGAUUGUCAGUCAAAUGUACGACGACUUUGCAUUCGUGCUGCAUUCCCAUUCACUGAUCAUGAACUGCGAUUCCUUGACAAUGAUGUCAAAUCCAAAAUACACACAGCGGCGGUUUGUGUAUAUCCAAGCCGUGUUCGGGACGCUUAUGAAACACUACAGUCUUUGGAAGGGGGCAAGAGAAUCGAAAUUGCAGCAGUGGCAACCGGGUUUCCAACGGGCCAGUAUCCGUUAAGUACACGCUUACAAGAAAUUCAAUAUGCCAUUGCGCAAGGUGCUACAGAAAUUGACAUUGUGAUCGAUCGUACGUUGGUGUUGUGCGGUGAAUGGCAAAAACUUUAUGACGAAAUUGUUGAAAUGAGAAAUGCAUGCGGAAUUACCGUCCAUAUGAAAACAAUUUUGGCAAUUGGUGAAUUAGGUACAUUUGAAAAUGUAUACAAAGCAUCAAUGGUUGCAAUGAUGGCUGGUGCUGAUUUUAUAAAAACAUCCACCGGCAAAGAGAGUGUGAAUGCCACAUUGGAGGUUGGUUUGAUUAUGAUUCGGGCCAUUCAAGACUUUUACAAGCUAACAAAUCGUAAGAUCGGCUUCAAACCAGCCGGAGGAGUUAGAAGUGUUCAAGAUGCAAUCGCGUGGAUGUCAUUGAUCAAAUCAACAUUGGGCAAUGAAUGGCUUCAACCGCAUCUCUUCCGAUUUGGGGCAUCCGGCCUUUUGGACGACAUCGAAAAAAAUGUCAAAAAUCAUUUUCAAAAACACGCGUAGAGUGCUAUGCUGUACAAUAAGUCGGCAAGAAAAAAACUUUAUUUUUGUUUUUUUUUUUAUUCAUACACAAAAGUCAUUGUUUUUACUCUUUGGAAUU